AUGGCGGCCCUCCGGCAUGUGCGCUUUGGUUGUAAGUCAAACUGGAUAAAUUUGUUCGCCGGUCAAGCCUCAUUCGGACAUUUUAAUGAAAACACGGGAGCUGACAGUGCAUUAAAUAGCAUUCAGAAAAGAUGGUUUCAUCCAUCAAACUUCAAGAAGUUCCAUGCCACUGGUCCUCAGAACCGACUAUUAAGUACGGGGCUAAUUUCAAGUCAUUAUGGUGUCAGUCCGACCUGGAGUGUGAUUUCAGCACAAAGACAGCGCUACAACAGUACAGAUGCCUCUAAGGUGACCCCCGACAGUUCCGGAUACAUACUUGAGCCGCCAAAUCUACCUGAUGUUGCCGAGAUGACACAGCAGGCUGUAAAUGCAUUGGGAGAACCAACCCUGGCUAGUAUGGGACUAGGCAGCUACUACCCUCCAGGUUUAUACCAACAAGGACUUGAGUUUCUUCAUGUUGGGAUUGGCAUGCCAUGGUGGGAGGCAAUACUUUUGUCUACUGUGACAGUAAGAUUACUGUCCUUGCCAUUGUUGGUUAUGUCCCAGAGGUUCUUAACAAAUCAUCUCAACAAUGCGCCACAGUUGACUCGUUUGCAGGAUAAGAUGAACGAGGCCAAACUAGAUGGAAAUGAUUUAGAGUUUGCAAGAGCUCAAAUUCAGUUGCAAAAGUUUAUGAAGAAGACAAAAACCAAUCCUCUGAAGACUAUGGUAUUUCCGUUAGUACAGAUGCCAAUAUUUGUAUCUAUAUUCAUCGGCCUAAGGAAAAUGGCAUACUAUCCUGUGGAGAGUAUGUCGACUGGAGGUCUGUGGUGGUUUACUGACUUGACAGUGUCUGAUCCCUAUUUCAUCCUGCCCAUCCUCACUUCAGCAACACUUCUUCUCUCAAUUGAGUUGGGAAGUGAUGGGAUUUCCAGUAAGACCUCAACUACAGCCGCUCGAUAUUUUAUGAGAGGUGUUCCAAUUGUUAUGAUACCUAUCAUGAUGACAUUUCCAGCGGCUUUGAAUGGCUAUUGGCUUACGUCAAAUGUAUGUGGACUAGUGCUUACAACAUUUCUUAGACAAGAGUAUGUUCGAACAUUUUUCAAAAUCCCCAAGAAAAUCAAACACCCAGUCAAAGAGGCAGACAAGAAACCAUUCAAGCAGAUUAUGAAAGAUGCUUUGGCAGAAAGUAGAAGGAAGAAGAAAGCAAAGAAUAGAGUAACGGAGAAAAAGGACAAUUUUAAGAAAGCUGGUGCAGGACCAUUAACAAAGACUUAUGCAACAGAUCCAACUUUAAAGAAAAAUAUAAAACAGAGGGCACAUUAAGCCAUUUAAUGUUAAUGAACAGAUAUUAACUUAUAUAUAUCAUAAGCUGUACUAACAGUGACAUCAUCAUGACAGACACAGAGGUACACCAACAGUGACAUCAUCAUCACAGACACAGAGGUACACCAACAGUGACAUCAUCAUCACAGACACAGAGGUACACCAACAGUGACAUCAUGUUGCUGGAUUGAAAACACAACAAGACUAGAUGACAGUUACCUUACCCCUCUUUAGACCUGUUACCAUCCUGAAUCACCAAACUCACAGAAUUGCUCGCUCCUGAAUGUAUCUAAUUUGGUUUCAUUCACUUCAUGUUAAAUAUUUUGAUAUUUAAGUAAAAUACCUGAUGUAGAAAUUAAGAAAUACAUAAUUAUCAUUACAGUCUCCAGAAGCAUGAUUUGUUUACAUCAUGUUCAUAUUUGUUUGUGGUGAAAUACUAGCCACAAUAUACCAAUUGCCUAGAAAGAACUUGUCUUAAGCUUGAUUGGUUGAGUGUCAGACUAGUACUCUAAGGGUCCUGUGUUCAAAUCUUAGCGGAGGCGUUGAAAUAAUUAACGACUCUGUGAUGUGUAAUUACAUAUGUGUAUUUAUUAUAAGAGCAAACUGAUUUUCUGUAAAAUGGUAUAUAUUCCUGGAGGUCAGUUAUAGUGGUUUCCUUGAUAUCUGUUGAUAUAUGAAUUUGUAGACUAAGAGUAUUCACAAAAUCAAGAAAAAAAUCUCCCAUGAAAAUUGAUUACUUCACAAUGUCACUUCAAAUGUGUAGAUACGUCAGUAUUAGCAAAGCUUGGAGACUGAAGGCAGUGAUAUUUCAUACUUGUUUGAUAUGUUUAUAGUUGUAUCAAAUGCUAUUAACAAUUUGUGAUUUUUUUUUAACCUGGUGAAUAUACAUGUUACCAUCCAGAAUCUUAUCUUCAUGCAAUGUCUUUCCAUCCUAAGUGACUGCUGAGACCUAAAGUAUAUAACUUUAUGUCUGAUUUACAAUACAUAUGCAUGUUGGCUGGCAUCUCAGUUUCUAAUUUGAGCAAAGCUUUACAACAAAUCCAAACACAGUGUAUGAGUGAACAACUGAACAAUAAUUUGAGAAAUAUUGUAAUUCAGAAUGGAAUAAAUUGAUGUUAAAACCAUAAAAGACAUGUAGAAACAAACAUCUGUAUUAUAGAUGAUAAAGUGAUCCCAGGUAACGAUUCUAAAGAUUACUUUCAUAUGUGACAAGCCAGUGCUUGAGAUUGUGAUAUAUAAAGACUUACUAUGAAGUGAAGUUUGACACAUUUAAUGUCAGGUGGAAUCUUGUUGAGAAAUUGUAAUUAUGAAAUUGUCAAAAAAUAAUAAAAUGUUGAGAAGUUA